GCUGCGAUGGGGCCUUUGGGCAUUUUACUGGCGUAACUGUGCUGGAGGACAAAGUAGCGCAGUGUCCCCUUAGGCAGAGGCGGGUCCAGCACUGCCCAAGCUGUGGGGCACGAUCCAGGCUCAGCUGAGCGCCGGAGGAGGUGGGGAUGCUGGGAAUUGAGGUUCUCUGGUGCUCUUCAUUGCUUAGUUUUAAACAUAACCUGGAAGACCAAGGAUUUCCUUACCCUGAGGGCACGUGGUUUGACACACACCUGGGUGUGCACUUGUGGGGUUGGGGGCUCGAGGCCCAGGCAUGUUACCUGCUUGCCAGGGCCUGCACCUUCCUUCUCUCUUGAGCUGUGUUGACGCUGCUGCUGUCUGCUGUUCGCUGGUGGGUUUUACUCUUCUCUAAGUUGAUGCCAAGUUUUACUGGACAUCUCUAGAAAGACUGGAACUUUUCAGUGUGCACAAUCCUGGUGAUGCUGUAUAGUAAGGCCAGGCAGCAGCUCUGGCAUAGGUUGUUUGACUUUAGGGUGCUUUUAUUCCGUGGUUUGGUAGGAAGUUCAGCCGAGCCAUUGCUUUAACUCUUCUUUUAUCUUCACAGAGUGAUCCCUGUGGGUUCUGUGUUCUGUCUGUGGCUAAGAUAACAUUGAGGGCAAACCGUCUCCUGAGCUCUCUGGCUCUUCCCAGUCUACAAGCGCUGCCCAGAGAGGGGGAAAUGUCUUGCACACAUCCCUUGGGUGAUGAGCCUGAUAUCCAAGCUGCGGGAGGAGCAGAACUGCUUCACAAGGCGGUUUCAGCUGGGGUGGGAUCAGAGAGAGCUGCUCCCUGGGCUGCUUCCUGUGCCCUUCCCAAAUGUGAGCGCAUCGCAGCCAGCACGGAGAAAGGCCUUCUCUUGUUUUCAAGGCACUUACCUCUGCCUCCUGUUCUUUUGUCCAAAAAAAGAAAAAGCCAAACCAAAUCAGUCCACAAAGAACUUGUGCUGAUCCAAGGAGGAGGCUCUGGAGUCACUUCUUUUCUUCCCAAGAUCCUUGCUGUGUGCUGGAGUUUCUGCCCUCAGCUUCAGGGGAUCAGCUACGGGGAAUCAGGAUCUUGGAAUCUUUUGAUUUUGGUUUUACUUGAACCCUUUCAACUGGGAAGCUGAAGCUAUCACUGCUAAAAUCCCGUUUUUUUUUCCCAAGCAUGUCAGAAAGCUGGCAGCAGCAGCAGCAGCAACCACAGCAGCCGCCGCCACCGCAGCAGCACCACGCUGGGGCAGCCGCCCUCCCAGAGCACUCCAUCCCACCCAGCACUGCUGACAACCCCUUGGGCUGCGCCGUCUACGGCAUCCUGCUCCAGCCAGACCCUGGACUGCAGCACCACCAGCACGCCCCCAUCCAGGCUGGAGACCCAUCCCACAAAUGUGGUGUGUGUGGCCACGACCUCACUCACCUCUCCAACCCCCAUGAGCACCAGUGCUUGCCAGGCCAUGACCGCUCUUUCCAGUGUACCCAGUGCCUGAAGAUUUUCCACCAGGCCACCGACCUCCUCGAACAUCAGUGCAUCCAGGUGGAGCAGAAGCCUUUUGUGUGCGGGGUCUGCAAGAUGGGCUUCUCCCUCCUCACCUCGCUGGCGCAGCACCACAACGUCCACAACGGCAACGCCAUGAAGUGCUCUAUCUGUGAGAAGACCUACAAGCCUCCUGAGGUAGAGCAUCCGCAGCCUCUCGACCCCUCGGAGAAGCCCUACAGCUGCUCCAUCUGCCAGAAAACCUUCAAGCACCUCUCGGAGCUGUCCCGGCACGAGCGCAUCCACACGGGCGAGAAGCCGUACAAGUGCACGCUGUGCGACAAGAGCUUCAGCCAGUCGUCCCACCUGGUGCACCACAAACGGACGCACAGCUCGGAGCGGCCCUACAAGUGCACGGUGUGCGAGAAGAGCUUCAAGCACCGCUCCCACCUGGUGCGCCACAUGUACGCGCACUCGGGGGAGCACCUCUUCAAGUGCAACGUCUGCGAGCUGCACUUCAAGGAGUCCUCGGAGCUGCUGCAGCACCCCUGCACGCCCAGCGGCGAGCGGCCCUUCCGCUGCGGGGAGUGCCAGAAGGCCUUCAAGCGCCCCUCGGACCUGCGGCAGCACGAGCGCACGCACAGCGAGGAGAGGCCCUUCAAGUGCGACCUCUGCCAGAUGAGCUUCAAGCAGCAGUAUGCGCUCAUGCGCCACCGCCGCACGCACAAGGCCGAGGAGCCCUUCAAGUGCAACCUGUGCGAGAAGGGCUUCGUGCAGCCCUCGCACUUGGUGUACCACCAGCACGUGCACGGCAUAGAAAACCUCUUCAAGUGCAACGUGUGCCAGAAAGGCUUCAACCAGUCCUCGGAACUGCUGCGGCACAAGUGCGUGCAGAACGCGGAGCGGCCCUUCAAGUGCGCGGUGUGCAACAAGUCCUACAAGCGGGCCUCGGCUCUGCAGAAGCACCAGCUGGCCCACUGCGCCGAGAAGCCCCUCAAGUGCACGCUCUGCGAGAGACGUUUCUUCUCCUCCUCGGAGUUCGUGCAGCACCGCUGCGACCCGGCCCGCGAGAAGCCCCUCAAGUGCCCCGACUGUGAAAAGCGGUUCAAGUACGCCUCGGACCUGCAGCGCCACCGGCGCGUGCACACGGGCGAGAAGCCCUACAAGUGCUCCUCCUGCGAGAAGGCCUUCAAGCAGCGCGAGCACCUCAACAAGCACCACAGCGUGCACGCCCGGGAGCAGCAGUACAAGUGCAUGUGGUGCGGGGAACGGUUCCUGGACUUGGGCCUGCUGCAGGAGCACAGCGUCCAGCACACGGCCGAGGGCGCCUACCAGGUGGCUGCUUGCUUGCCAUGAGCCUCCCGCCCCGCGGCAGCUUUCAGCUUGCAUGGGACGCUCCCGGGCCUCGGCCUCCCCUUCCCUCUCCUCGGUCGUGGACAACCUCCAGGGAGUGUGGGGGAAAGGGGAGGUACGGGGUGUGGGCAGGUAAACUUUCCUCUGGCCUCUGUGGUUGAUAUGCCGCCUGUAUUGAAGUGGCAACAGACGACGUGAACAUCGUGAAGGGGUGGAAAGGAAGGGAGGGAGGUGGAGAGAGGAAACUGCCUGUAGGUGCCUGGCGUUCCCUGGACUGUAGUUCACGCUGUACCUGCAGUUCCAGUGCCGGGAGCUCAGCUGCCUGCUACAGGCACCAGCCCCUUGUGUGCAGCCUUUUUCCCCUGCCCUGCCUGGGGGGGUUGGUGGGGAGGGCUGGGUGACUCUCCUCCUGGAGAGAGCUUAGGAGCAAGGCAGAGCCAGCCCUCUCUUCUCCUGAGGUGUGCUGCUCGGCACGGAAGUAGCAGGUUUCAGCUGCUGGGAUCUCCCACCUUCCUUGGUCCAAGCUCAGCUGAGGGCACCAUUUCAGAGCGUUAGUGUUGACUGACUGCCCCGACCUCCCCUGCUCUCCCUCCUUCUAGAGUGUUGAAAGGGAAAAGCCAUGGGGCUGCACAGCUCCAAAAAGCACUUUGGCAUUGCUGCUUUUGCAGUCGCUGGCUGUCACACUCUGCAAGGGUUCUGAGGGAGCCUGCGGGUCCCCCCAGUCCCUGUCAGCUGCAUGGGAAACUGUAGCAAGUGCUGCACUGCUACCAGAGAGCAUGGCAAGGAGCACCGGAACAGGCUGCCCAGGGAGGUCAUGGAUUCUCCCUGUCUGGAGGCAUUCCUGUGUAACAUGGUUUAGGCAACCCUGCCUUGGCAGGUGGGUUGGACUAGAUGAUCUCCAGAGGUCCCUUCCAACGCUAAAAAUUCUAUAAUUCUGUGAGAGCAUCCAUGCCCUGCUCCCAGCCAAGACAGACCCUGGCAUUUAAGAGCUGCUUCCUGAGGGAUCUAGCUCUCCUGCCCAGACUUGCCCCUAGGCCCCUUGAGCACCCCUUGGGCUGUUAGUGGUACCUCCAGGGGGGUCAGGCAAAGGGCUGUCCCAGCAGCAAAAACACUAAUGGGUGAGAUGAACACUACUAAUAACCUACAGCUGCAGAGGUGUUGCCAUCACCGACAGUAACCCACGGCGUGUGCAGGGGCCUUGGUGUCUGAUUUGCUGGGGGAACCAGAGCAAGGCAGGAGAAUCCUCCCAGGCCUGCAAGCUUGGCUCCACAGGGAGGGCAAGGUUACCAGUGGGUAAAGGAGGAGUGUAUUUUUUUUCCCAUCUCGCAGGAGUCCUGUUUUACCCCUUUACUCUUUCUUUACCUCUUCUGUAUUUUUCAGGUUUUGCACACUUCUUGUAAACAUCACUUAAAAAUAAAUCUCCCCUAGCAAGGUUGAUGCAGCCUCAGGUGUUUUCCUCUGCAGGAAUUUUCUGGCUUCUCGUGACCGAGGGAUCCAUUACAUGCCAGUUAGAUGCCUUGAAGGCUGAAGAUGUGCUUCCUAGGUUGCCCACCAGCCUUCCCCUCUCCAUCUUUGGAGAUACUAAGAUGUUAAGUAUCCAUCUGUGGAGAUACUCAAGCCCUGACUGGAUGUGGUCCUGAACAACCUGCUGUCGCUGACCCUGUGCAAGCAGGGAGUUGGACCUGAUGAUCUUCAGAGGUCCCUGCCAGCCUCAGCUCUUCUGUGAUCUUGGCUGGUGCUUGUGUGAGGUUGUGAUGAGCUGCAAGUAGUGAACAGCAGCCAGGAAGUUGCCCACGUGCUGCACGAGUGAGUAGGAUGAGUUUAAUAAGGUUCCAUGGCAAGCGUGGACAGGUUAAACUUGCAGAGGGUUGGACUGGACCUGCAUCAGUGGUGGGGGACGCUCAUAUGAAAGGUGAAAAAAGGCUUUAGUUUCCAUUUCCAGCAUGGUGAGGGGGAAUGGGGUGCAUUUUCAGGGGCUGGGACAGUGCAGUGACAGGUCAGACCCUGGGGCUGAGUCUUCUUCGUGUGCAGCUUUAAAGAGGUUAAAGCAGACUUUGCUCUCUGCUGCCCAAGGAAGAAGGACUGAUGGUGGUUAUUUUACUUCAUGCUGCCUCAAAGAUGUAGAACUUCUACAAAGUUUUCCAUCUAUGUUUCUUUUUCCUCUUUUUUUCUUUUUUUGUUUUGCCUUUUUUUUAAAGCAUUCAUUAAAAAUACUGUGUAGUUUAACUUGAUGUCAUACUGGAUCUUUAAAAAAAAAAAAGAUGUGAUAACCUGGAUUUUUAAAGAGCUCUUUGGUUCUAGGUAGCUGUUUUUUGCUGUUUAAUACGUAGUAAGUUCAGUGUAUGCUUUUCUGUAGGAGUAAAAGGAAGUCCAAACCAAGGAAGGCUAAUCCUGUCUUUGCAGAAGGGUUUGGUGGUCAGGGAGGUUGUGAGUGUGGGACCAGAUGGGGAGUGUGGCACCCACCUGAACCUGCUUCUUGGACAGAGGAGGAUGGUGCUGGGCCCCAGACACAGCUCCACACCAUGUGCUGGCCACAGAGCUGCCAGAUCCUGUCCCCUUGGUAUCAGCUGGGCAUAGGGACUGUUGGGGAAUGUUUCCCUUUGUAGUGAGCAACUGGGAAAGCCCUGGAUGUCCCAGUGAGGAGCUCUGGCUCUGCUUAGGACAUGGCAACAGCCAGGCAGUGUCCUGGCCAGAGAGACUGAUCAGGUCCGUGUGCCUAGGGCCCUGUGGCUGGGAUAAAGGGGAUGCUGUGGAGAGCUUGGCAGGGACGAGCCCAGGUCCAGGUCUUCAGGCAGUACCUGUGAGUAGGUGCCUCCUGGUUCAAAAACAUCUUAGUGCGGCAUUAGAACGUCAUUAUUAGGUCUGGCUGUGAGCCCAUGGUGACUCAGUCUCUCUAUCCUGUUUGCUGCCCUGCAACAGCCCAAAUCCAGUAGAAGCCCAUGGAGGCUGCAGCUGCCAGACCUUAGUGCUGGGGGCUGGAGGAUCUCUGUGGAGCAGGCAGCUGAGCAGCCAACCAGGAGCACUCGGGUGUAUUUUUAUAGGAGCAUUUUCUAGCUGGAAGCAGCAGUGUUGUGUACAGGUGGGCUGGGGGAGCAGGUUGAUCUCCGUUGCUGUGCCUUUAGGUCAUGUUUUGUACCGUGAGGUGAGAGGUGAUGGAAGUAGCAGGAGGCACACGAGUGUCAGGAGCGCAGUACUUUGUGGGGAGGCAGGGGCUGGCCUGGGAGCUGAUGUCCCUGGGGCAUUACACUGCAAAGGGCUCUCUGCUAACUGCUGGUGUUUUCUUUUCAAACCAAAGAGCAGUUGUGGCCAAAGCCUCUCGGGAGUAAAACGUGUUUCUACUCUGUACCUGUGCUGCACUUAGUUUCUGACAUUUAUUUCAAGCGACUUUCAGGCUUCUUCACGCUGCCUCCACUUGGCCUCUCGCAUCCCUCACACCCAGGAGGGAUGUGCUGGAGCUGGUGUUGCAUCAGCCCUGGGGCAAGUGCUCGUGCUUGGCUUCAAGACCUGGUUGCCAGACCCCCUGAGGAUGCUCUGUAGGGCUGGGCAGUGGAUGGUCCCUCCUGAAGGGUGGUUCUCUUAGCAGGCAGCCUGAGCAUAGGGUGCUGCCUGGGAGGCAGCAGGGAGGGUUAGGCUGGGCAGAGGUGAUGUGGAUGUUGUCCAGCACAUAAAUCCUGCUCUCUAGGGCUACUGGCUUCCUGAGUCCAGGAAGAAGGUAGUCUGUGACCUGGGCUUUUUUCUGAUCUUCACUUCCCCUUACCCUACCUACAGGAUGCCUUUAGCCAUGUCUCAGCCUCGUCCGCUCCACAUCUAUUUUGCUUAUAGUUUUAAAAGACCUUCUCAGCUCCUUUUCCCUUUGUUCAGUUCUUUAAUUGUAAACAGUGUUUUAUUUUUCAUCCCUUUUUCCAUUUUGCUUGUGAAGUCUCUUCCUUCAUUCCCACCUCCCCCCCCCUCAGCCCCAAAUUCCUCUCUAAGGCUGAGGCUGGAUCCAGGUGAUACCAAACCACUGACGGUGAGGUAUCUUGAUGGAAUCUUGAUGGAAUCCAGUGGAUGCUUCUGGUCCUCCUCCACAUGAGGUCAUCCAUCUGGCUGGACAUGGGCAAUGCCUGUGGCCUGGCAGUUUGGCUCGGCCAGAUCUUGUCCAUGGUACAUCUGGCUCUGGUGAGCAAGUCUAAGCCAGGACCAGGAGCCAGAACAGAGCUGUAGGAAAUGGGCACUGGGGGUGAGAGCAACCAUUUCCCUGGUGGGUUCCUUUGCCAGCUCUUCAAGGCUGGGGAUUCGGUCAGUGAAGGACUGUCAGACGUUCCAGGACAGAAGUCAUAGCACUGGGGUGGGCUUGGGCUGCUCAGUUCCCCUGGGAGUGCCUGUGGAGCAUCUGUGUGCAUCAAGCAGGUGGCUGAGCUGAGUUCACUGUGGCAUGGACACCCCUGGGACCAUGGGUAUGCCCGGGUGGCCCUGCCAGCGCUCCAGCAAGCAGACACCAUCCCUGUGAUCUGGGUGGGGAGAUGUGCACACUCUGCUCUUGGGGCACACCUGCUGGAGUGGGGGGCGAAGGGGAAGGUGUCCUCUGACAGAGUUUUGGGACCAUCUCUGGGUGCUCAAGCCAGCCCUUGCAGGGAGGAGAGCAGGGUGGAGAGCACUUUCUACGCUUCCCUUGGGUAUUUGCCAUUAAGUCCAGGCUGCAGCCGAAAACCCCUUGUUAUCCUUCAGAGUCUGACUCUCUCUGUUGGGUGGUGAGUUCACCUGCGGGAAGGUUCCUGCACACACAGGUGAGAUGCCAAGAUGCAAUAAGGGCAGGCCAAGGUUUGGGGCUGGCAGCUCCCCCCGGGCCAGGAGAGCACAGCUUCUCCCCAGCUGCCAGGCCUCCUCCACUGCCCUGCUGCUUUCUGGACGUGAAGAUGCUGCUCUCACAGCAUGCCUGGGAUGCUCAGUGAGGAGAGCAGGACCACAGGUGGGAGCUGGACCGUGGGCUUGUCUCUGAAUGCCUCCGAGCCGUGGAUCUGAGGGGCGUCAUGGCCAGUGAGGUUCUCAGGCUCCUCCUAAUCUUCACUCAUGACUCCGGCAGAGUCCCCAGGGCUGUGGGAAGUUGCAGCCAAGGUUGAUGAGGUUUGUGUGGCUUGCAGUGCCUUUAACACUGCUCUCCGUGUGUUUCUAAGAUGAUACUCCAUGUAUGUGUGUGUAUAUAUAUUGUAUUAACACAUCCCGCUCUUCUGUGUGAGUGUCAAAUGGUUUUGCUUUACUAAUAAAUUUAUAGUUAUUUAUACCU